AUGUCGGAGGAAGUAGUAGCGGUAGUGGUGGCAGCGGUGGCAGUGGCGGCAGCGGUGGCAGCGGCCGCGGUGAAGAGCCAGGAGGCGGCUGUCGAAGGUGUGUCGCCGAGGCGGGUUCGGGUGAAGAAGAAGAAGGUCAAGCGAGUGCGUAAGGAGAAGGACAAGGGCAAGGGCAAAGGAAAGGAGGAGGCUGUGGCAGAGGACAUGGUUGUGACGGUGGCCGCCGAGCCCGAACCCGAUGUGACGGCGUCUGGAUCGGAGGCUCCGCUAGUCGGGAUUGUGGGUGCCAGAGGCGAGGUCGAUCCGGUCGUGGGAGACCUCGAUCCUGCUGCAGAAGCGGUGGAGCCUGAGGCUGUGCCUGAAGGUGUGCACAUGCAGCCGGAACCCGCUCCGCUGGCCGGAGACUCCCCUCGCUCUGCUGAAGUGGUCAAGAAGGUCAAAGUCAAGAAGGUCAAGGUCAAGAAGGUCAAGGUCAAGAAAGACAAGUCAAAGGCCAAGAUCAAGGAGGAGAAGAAGGUCAAAGAGAGGCGCAAGGCCAAGACCAAGACCAAGGCCAAGGAUCGGGUGUCGGAGAUGGAGGUGGCCAUGGUGGGAGCCGCGAGCGGGGGUGGCAAGCGCAAGAAGCGCCAGUAUCGGUUUGACGUGGAGCUGCGAAUUGACUCGCUCAACGACGUCCCACUCAUCAACGCCACAAUCCUUGUCGGAUGGAAGGUGAUCGGCGGCUCGCGGUCGGCGUCGGGCUCGACCGAGCCGGUCCGCAUCGACUCUUACCGGGUCGAGUACGGCGAGGUCUUUGAGUUUGUGACGACGCUCACCUCGCGCGACCUCUCCGAGCCGCUCAACUCGCAGGUGCUCAGGCUGACGGUGCAUCAAGAGCUGAAGGGCGGGCGGCAGCGAAAGAAGCUGGGCCUUGUGGACAUCGAUCUCGCCGAGGCUAUUGGUUGGUCCGGCGCCCUUCCUGGGCAGCCGCCGCGGCUCCGGCGGUUCCUCCUCCAAGAAUGCACCUCGAACUCAGCGCUUGCCCUCAGGCUUGUCUUUACCCAGCUGACCGGAAGCCCGGACUAUGUGCCGCGCUCAUCGCAGGCGUCGACAUCAGAUCUGGCCCGCUCAUCGAGCUCGCUUCUGCUCGCGUCGGUGCCGUCGGUUGAUGCCUUGGCAUCCGAGGCCCGGUACCCGCCGCUCGGCGCAGGUCUACCGGCGCGCCGGCCCGGUGAGCUCUCGGCCGACGGUGUCGACUCGGGCAUUGACUCGGGCGGGGGUUCGGCCCGGAGUGAGCGUGCGCGCCGGCUGCUUGCGCGGCGCAACUCGGAGCUCGGCCACGGAUCGCGCGGUGGGAGCUCAGGCGGUGGUGGUGGCGGCGGUGGGGGUGGCGGUGAUGGGUGGCCUGGAGCCGGGGCAGGGGGCGGCCAUCUACGGCUGCCGGGUGGCCUCCCGCCGCACCCACGCGAGCUGAACGAGUCGCUCGAGCUCAUGCAGUCGCACAACACCGGGCGGCUCCGGCUCGGCCGCAAGACCGGCUCGCACUCGCUCCUCGACACCGACCGCAUCGUGCUCUCCGACCAUACUUCGGACGUGCUAGGACUACCGACGCUGGACGCGGCGACGAUUGCGCAGAACAUGGCGAUUGUGGCGGAGCUCUUUGACGACCUCGGCAUCUCGCUGCAGUCGAUGGCCGACACACUGCUGGCGGUGCCGACGACGCGGCGGGCCUCGCUUCCGUCGCCGGGCACUCCGCUCUCGGCAGUUGACGACGAUCUCGGUGACUUGUCGGCCGGUGAGCUGGAGGCUUUUGCCUGAGUCGAGCUUGCUAUGCAGUUUAUCCCUUUGUACCGGCAUGCACACGAAAGAUACUACAUGAACAGAGUCGGAUCGGUCAUGUGACCGCCAAACAGCAGCGCCCACGACGGCGGGACCGUCCACUGGCUGGUCGUGAGCGGGAAGUUAAACGCCUGGUGCAGGA